UCACGGAGCUUGGAGGUGAUGUCAUGGCAAGAGCUGAGCAGUGGUGCUGAUGUGGAGAGAAGCCCAGGGUACCACUAAUUGAGGGAGUGAAGAAGGGAGCAGCUCACUUCUAACUGGACUGCAGGGUCCUGCUGUCCACGGUGGGUGGUGACAGGCAAGAGGACAGAACAGAAGGGGCAGGCAUCUGGCAGGGUGGCCUAAUUUAUGACAGGACACAAGCAACCUGAGAGUUCAGAGAACAAACCAGUGAACUGUCCUGAGCUGGUGGCAGACCUACCCUGACUUUCACUAGGACUCACCUCUCACAUUCCAGAAAACAUGACCCUCGCGGCCUACAAAGAGAAGAUGAAGGAACUCCCGCUGGUGUCCUUGUUCUGCUCCUGUUUCCUGGCAGACCCCCUGAAUAAUUCAUCCUAUAAAUAUGAAGGCUGGUGUGGGAGAGAGUGUAGGAGAAAAGAUGAAAGCCAGCGGAGAGACAGUACUGACUGGAGAGAAAGAAGAGAGCAGGCAGACACGGUGGACCUGAACUGGUGUGUAAUUUCCGACAUGGAAGUCAUCGAGCUGAACAAAUGCACCUCUGGCCAGUCCUUUGAAGUCAUCCUGAAGCCACCCUCCUUUGAUGGGGUGCCCGAGUUCAAUGCCUCCCUCCCCCGGAGGCGAGACCCAUCGCUGGAAGAAAUCCAGAAGAAACUGGAAGCAGCUGAGGAGCGAAGGAAGUACCAGGAAGCUGAGCUUCUGAAGCACCUGGCAGAGAAGCGAGAACAUGAGCGGGAGGUGAUCCAAAAAGCCAUUGAGGAAAACAACAACUUCAUCAAGAUGGCAAAGGAAAAACUGGCUCAGAAGAUGGAGUCCAACAAGGAGAACCGGGAGGCCCACCUUGCCGCCAUGUUGGAACGGCUGCAAGAGAAGGACAAGCACGCGGAGGAGGUGCGGAAAAACAAGGAGCUGAAGGAGGAGGCCUCCCGGUAAAGCCCAGAGGCAAAGAAGUUUCCAGAACGGCCGGACAGCUCCAGCGGCUCCGCAGUUCCCGAGGCAGCCUCGCCCGCCGCUGGCUGCUCUCCCAGCACUGGGGUUUGGGGGGAGGGGGGUGGCCAGGGGCGUUUCCUCUGCUUUUGGUGUUUGUACGUGUUAAGAAUUGACCUGUGAAGCCAUCCUAUUUGUUUCAGGGGAACAAUGAUGGGGUGGGAGAGGGGAGAAAAGGAGCGAGGUUUGGAAAGGGAGAUAGAGGAGGACUCGUGGGCAUUUGCUACCCAGCCCAGGGCAAGUCCUCAGCUUUUCCUCACAGUGAGCAUCCGGGCACCGCCUUGAGGGAAGUUAAAAUCAGGCGGUAGAAUUCCGACUGAAGGGCGGAGUCCUGGGUGGAGCGAGGGCUGCAGGGCGUGGCCAGAGAUGCCAGCAGGGGGUGGGGGUGGGGUCCUGCGGCUGGGGGGAUGUUUGAGAAUGUGUGUGUGUGUGUGUGUGUGUGUGCGUGUGUGUGUGUGUGUGUGUGUGUGUUUUAACCAUCAUCUUUUGAUCAUCAUGACCAAUAAUGAAACAUUUACUCCAAGUCUCCGGUUUUUUAUUUCUUGAAUUUGUCCUUUGUGUAAUUGAUAGAAUGUUCUUGAAUUUGGUUUCUGCCCAUCAGGUGCCAGAUGCCCCUUUUAUUCCUUAGUUGGACCAUCAGAGUAUCUGAGGUGCUGGGUGAGGAGGGUGGAAACACGCCAGCCUUCCUUUUACCACCCUGCCCCACGCCCCCCAUCCCCCGCUUGUGGGCUGCCCCGUGUUGGACUGAGUGCACUGAAUUGGUAAGAAAACAAAUCCAAUUUCCCUUUGCAUGGACUGACAUUCUAAUGUGGUCCCCAAGAUGCAGAGUAAGAAGGAAGUCCUCACUUUAGGGGUGUGGGAUGCUAGGUGGUCACAAACA